UGCAGCUGUACUAAGGAGGAGUGCCCCGGGAUCGCCGGCGGAUGCUUUGUCAGGCAGCGUGGAUUUAAUCUUGCACAUGAGCCCGCGCCGUAAUCUAUGCCAGCAAUUAUGACAAUGUUAGCAGACCAUGCAGCUCGUCAGCUGCUGGAUUUUAACCAGAAACUGGAUAUCAAUCUUUUGGACAAUGUGGUGAACUGCUUGUACCAUGGAGAAGGAGCGCAGCAAAGAAUGGCACAGGAAGUCUUGACUCACUUAAAAGAACAUCCUGAUGCGUGGACAAGAGUUGAUACUAUUUUGGAGUUCUCUCAGAACAUGAAUACCAAAUAUUAUGGACUGCAAAUCUUGGAAAACGUGAUAAAAACAAGAUGGAAGAUUCUUCCAAGGAACCAGUGCGAAGGUAUCAAAAAGUAUGUUGUCGGCCUAAUUAUCAAGACCUCAUCUGACCCGACAUGUGUGGAAAAAGAGAAAGUGUAUAUUGGGAAACUGAAUAUGAUUCUUGUGCAGAUACUGAAACAGGAAUGGCCGAAGCACUGGCCAACUUUUAUAAGUGAUAUUGUGGGAGCAAGCAGGACGAGUGAAAGCCUUUGUCAGAACAAUAUGGUGAUCCUGAAGCUACUGAGUGAAGAAGUGUUUGACUUUUCCAGUGGCCAGAUAACUCAAGUAAAAGCUAAGCAUUUGAAAGACAGUAUGUGCAACGAGUUCUCUCAGAUAUUUCAGCUGUGUCAAUUUGUGAUGGAAAACUCCCAAAAUGCUCCCUUAGUUCAUGCAACUUUGGAAACUUUGCUGCGAUUUCUGAACUGGAUUCCCCUGGGAUAUAUAUUUGAGACCAAGUUAAUCAGCACACUAAUAUACAAGUUCUUAAAUGUUCCCAUGUUUCGAAAUGUCUCUUUGAAGUGCCUCACAGAGAUCGCAGGUGUCAGUGUAAGCCAAUAUGAGGAACAGUUUGUAACACUUUUUACGUUGACCAUGAUGCAGUUAAAACAGAUGCUUCCUUUAAAUACCAAUAUUCGACUUGCAUACUCAAAUGGAAAAGAUGAUGAGCAGAACUUCAUUCAGAAUCUCAGUUUGUUUCUGUGCACGUUCCUCAAGGAACAUGGUCAACUUAUAGAAAAGAGAUUAAAUCUAAGGGAAACAUUAAUGGAGGCUCUUCAUUAUAUGUUAUUAGUAUCAGAAGUUGAAGAAACUGAAAUAUUCAAGAUUUGUCUUGAAUACUGGAAUCAUUUAGCUGCUGAGCUGUACAGGGAAAGUCCGUUUUCAACAUCUGCUUCUCCGUUGCUUUCGGGAAGUCAACACUUUGAUGUUCCUCCAAGGAGACAGCUUUAUUUGCCUGUACUGUCCAAGGUCCGAUUGUUAAUGGUUAGCCGUAUGGCUAAACCAGAAGAAGUGCUAGUUGUGGAAAAUGAUCAAGGAGAAGUAGUACGAGAAUUCAUGAAGGAUACAGAUUCCAUAAACUUGUAUAAGAAUAUGAGAGAAACAUUGGUUUAUCUUACACACUUGGAUUAUGCGGAUACAGAACGAAUAAUGACAGAAAAACUUCACAAUCAAGUGAAUGGAACAGAAUGGUCGUGGAAAAAUUUGAAUACCCUAUGUUGGGCUAUAGGCUCAAUCAGUGGAGCAAUGCAUGAAGAAGAUGAAAAAAGAUUUCUUGUUACAGUGAUUAAGGAUCUCCUGGGACUCUGUGAACAAAAGCGAGGAAAAGAUAAUAAAGCCAUUAUUGCAUCAAAUAUAAUGUAUAUAGUAGGUCAGUACCCACGCUUUUUGAGAGCGCACUGGAAGUUUUUGAAGACUGUAGUCAACAAGCUGUUUGAGUUUAUGCAUGAAACCCAUGAUGGCGUCCAGGACAUGGCUUGUGAUACCUUCAUAAAAAUAGCACAAAAAUGCCGCCGACAUUUUGUUCAGGUUCAAGUGGGAGAGGUCAUGCCGUUUAUCGAUGAAAUUUUAAACAACAUCAAUACAAUUAUCUGUGAUCUUCAGCCACAACAGGUGCAUACAUUCUAUGAAGCAGUAGGAUACAUGAUUGGGGCACAAACAGACCAGACUGUACAGGAGCAUCUGAUAGAAAAGUAUAUGUUGCUCCCUAAUCAAGUAUGGGACAGCAUAAUUCAACAGGCAACAAAAAAUGUUGAUAUUUUAAAGGAUCCUGAAACAGUUAAGCAGCUGGGUAGCAUUCUGAAAACGAAUGUAAGAGCAUGUAAAGCAGUUGGCCACCCCUUUGUGAUUCAGCUUGGAAGAAUUUAUUUAGAUAUGCUGAAUGUGUACAAGUGCCUAAGUGAAAAUAUUUCUGCAGCUAUCCAGGCUAAUGGUGAGAUGGUAACAAAGCAGCCAUUGAUUAGAAGUAUGAGGACUGUAAAAAGGGAAACCUUAAAACUAAUUUCUGGCUGGGUGAGCAGGUCCAAUGAUCCGCAGAUGGUAGCUGAAAACUUCGUUCCUCCCUUGUUGGAUGCAGUUCUCAUUGACUACCAGAGAAAUGUUCCAGCUGCUAGAGAACCUGAAGUACUUAGUACUAUGGCUAUCAUUGUGAACAAGCUGGGUGGACACAUUACUGCUGAAAUACCUCAGAUAUUUGAUGCUGUUUUUGAAUGCACGUUAAAUAUGAUUAAUAAGGACUUUGAAGAGUAUCCUGAACACAGAACAAACUUCUUCUUACUACUCCAGGCUGUAAAUUCUCAUUGCGUCCCGGCAGUCCUGGCCAUUCCACCUGCGCAGUUCAAACUAGUUCUGGAUUCUAUUAUUUGGGCUUUCAAACAUACAAUGAGAAAUGUUGCAGAUACAGGGCUUCAGAUACUUUAUACUCUGUUACAAAAUGUUGCGCAAGAAGAGGCUGCUGCCCAGAGUUUUUAUCAGACAUAUUUUUGUGAUAUUCUUCAGCACAUUUUCUCAGUUGUAACCGACACCUCACAUACUGCUGGUUUGACAAUGCAUGCAUCAAUCCUUGCAUACAUGUUCAACUUAGUAGAAGAGGGGAAAAUAAGUACUCCAUUAAACCCUGGGAAUCCAGUGAACAACCAAAUGUUUAUUCAGGAGUAUGUUGCUAAUCUUCUCAAAUCUGCUUUUCCUCAUCUGCAAGACGCCCAGGUUAAGCUGUUUGUAACAGGACUCUUCAGUUUAAACCAGGAUAUUCCUGCUUUCAAAGAACACCUAAGGGAUUUCCUGGUACAAAUUAAGGAAUUUGCAGGUGAAGACACAUCAGACUUAUUCUUGGAGGAAAGAGAAACAGCCCUUCGGCAGGCUCAAGAGGAGAAACACAAACUUCAGAUGUCUGUCCCUGGCAUCCUUAAUCCACAUGAAAUUCCUGAGGAGAUGUGCGAUUAAAAAAAUAAUAAAACAAGUUAUGCAGUUUUCUUUCUGUACAGCUACUUUGUUGUGAUAGAAGAAAACAGCACUUGGAUAUUUGUUGACCAAAAUGAUGCCAAUUUGUAAAUUAAAAUGUCACCUAGUGGCCCUUUUUCUUAUGUGUUUUUUGUAUAAGAAAUUUUCUGUGAAAUAUCCUUCCAUUGUUUAAGCUUUUGUUUGGUCACCUUUAUUUAGAUUUGCAUGAAGUUGAAAAUUAAGGCAUUUUCAAAGUACUACUUCAUGCCCAUUUUGUGGCUACGGGGAAAAGAGGCGAAACAUAACUUGUAAAAGACUAUAUUGCAAAAUUAUACGAUUUCCUGUAAGAGUAUCAAUUUUUAAUUUGGGAUCAUUUUCUUUCUAGCCUGCCCUGCAGCCUAGGAGAAAAGGUAAUGAGUAAAGCGAAUUAAAUUGUUAAGCAGAGGAUUAUAGUGCUGCGUUUUUCUGAACAGUUAGCAGCUUUUUGGACUGAGUGGUAAGGCUAGGCUACAUGUAUUUGCAAGUUGUAUGGCAAGUUUGCAGCAAGAUCAUGUGCAUAUCAUCCCAUUGUAAAGCAACUUCUAAAGAGUAUGGGAACACAGUACAGUUAGUUAUUUUUACACAGUUCUUUUGUUUUUGUGUGUGUGCUGUCGCUUUGUCGACAACAGCUUUUUGUUUUCCUCAAUGAGGAGUGUUGCUCAUUUGUGAGCCUUCAUUAACUCGAAGUGAAAUGGUUAAAAUAUUUAUCCUGUUAGAAUAGGCUGCAUCUUUUUAACAACUCAUAAAAUAAUAAAAAAAAAAAAAACUCUGGCUUUUGAGAUGACUUAUACUAAUUUACAUUGUUUACCAUGCUGUAGUGCUUAAAGAACACUACUUAAAAGCAAAAUAAACUUGGUUUACAUUUAUUUUUCUUUGGCUUAUUCUUUUAUUGGAUAAAAAUGCUGUGAUCAUAUUGAAGACUUCUAUCCUGAAAAUGUAGGAAAAGUCCUUUGACCUAGGUAAUGGCUGCUUCUGGCUUGCCUAAUCUCAAGGACUUUGGCUAUGCUUGAAUUAAGUUAUAACGUGAAAUUAAGUUGGGUUCCAUUUGGAAGUACAGUAGCUGUUCUGACUUACCUCCAUGAGUAGAUAUUCCACAACAGAUUAUGAUGCCAGGAAUAAGGUACUGUUGCUCUAUAUAUGGACACUUUGACAUGAAUUGCAAAGAGGUAUUGCACUGUAUCUUGACUGAACAAGUGAUACUAAUACAUAUAAAUAACAUAAGUAGACAAGAUCUACAGUUAUUUUUCUACCUAAAAUUUUGUAUUUAAAUCAUUUCCAGAGACUUAAGUACUGAUACCAAAAGCAAACCAUGUGAACACUAAGAUUGUGUACAGUCUUGGCUUCCCCAUUUUUGUAAUGUUUCUCCUCUGUCUUCUAGCAGCUGAUGUUUUUUAUUUUCCAGUUUCCCUUUAUUUGGUCUCUAAUCCUAGGACUACUAUUAUGAUGCAAAGUAUAGCCGUUCAUGCAGAGCUGUGAAACAGAUAAGGUUAGGCAGUUGGUGGUGUUAUUAUGUAAGUUUGGAUACUGUAGUUAACUUUCUGCUGUACGUUACUUUCGAAAUAGAAGUGCAUGAGUUAGCGCUGUUCAUGUAGAACCUAGCUGUGAUUAGAAUGUUUCCAGAGUCUUAAGUAUUUGCCCCAUUCUGCUUCUGAACAUCUGGGUGGUUUUGAUUUAGCUGGCCCUAAAAAAGCAAAGCCAUUCCUGUGUGCGUAUCAUCUGGCAACCCAAAUAGCGUGAGCUGGCAACACUGGUCUUUGGAAGGAGACAAGUUGUCCUCAAACCCCUUAUGACUAGGACUUAACAGUACAGCCUACUAAAAUUAUGUGAGGAAUUAAUUAUUCUGACGGUUAAAAAAAGCCAUUUCUUUCCCUUAUUACCAUAAUGUGCUUUAAGCUUUCAUGUCUUCCUGUCCUGUGAAGUGUAGCUUUCUGUUAUGUUCUGCUAAUGCAGUAUCACCUGUAAUAAGCAGUUUGAAGUAAAAAAUGUGAAAUAUUGUUGAAAAGGACACAUUUGGAAUGGGCAUAUUUAUUGGCUUGUGUACAGGUUAAAAGUGCUAGCAUUAGAGCUACAGACGAGCAAAAGCUUAUUGCAGCUGUGCAGACUGCCAUCAAUCCACUAAGAAAAUACAUUUUAUUAAAAGUGGAAAUACCACUGGUGGCAUGGCUCAAGGAUGAUUAUAUUCCAUGCGUAGCAGAAAUAAACACUGAUUCAGUUCUGACAUGAAGUGGCAUUAACAUUGCAUUGAAAAUAGUUUUGAAAGAAAAAGGCACAUCUGCCUUUAUGCAUGUUACUUUUCUCCACAUUUAAGAUUGAAACAAGCCUGUGAGGCUCAUGGUCUGGUAUUUACUGGAAAAUUAAAUCCAAAUUAAAUUCUCAAACAGCUUAUUAUUUGAAAUAUAUUUUUGAAAUAGGUAAUUCAGAGAAGAGUUGUUUUAUUGUUUUGAUACAUUUUUCAGAUUAUCUAAUAAAAUGUGAUCUUAGUUUUCGCUUCCCUCUUAAAUCUCAACUUCACUGUGGUCUUAACUUGUUAUCUUAAGAAUUGGUGCCUUUCACUGAGCUCUGCAGGUGCUUAUGCAGGGUUCUGGAUACCAUUAAAGAUUUGACUUGUGCGUGUGCAUAUUUCUAGUGCAGUUAUCCCAAAUGUGGAAGAGUAAUUAAAAUGUACAUCUAAAACAGGACUGGUUCUAAUGCACACUCUGUAAAUAAGAAUAAAUGGAUAAAAAGCAUGAACCAUCAUAUAAACAUACGUAACUUGUAAUUCUAUGUGAACCAAUGUUUACUCUGUGCAUAUUUCUUUACAGAUUUUUCAAAAAUAUGUACUCCAGAUACGUUCAAACACAAAUAUUACAGGGUGUUUUCUGUGUUUACAUGAAUUGAUUGCCUGUUAGCUGAUGAAAACAUCCCCAAAUACUUGUUUCAGGCUACUAUGAUGUGUUUGCUACUGUAACUGAAACAGAUUAUUUUCCAAAGCAUUUUAGGUUAGCGUUUUUUUUUUUUUUUUUUAAACUUGAAUAAUUGGUGUGUGUUAAUCUGAUUGGUUAAGUGACCUAUUUUCCAAUAAAGCUAAUAUUUAUGCAAAAAGCUUUAGAAACGCUCAUCUCUCAAGGAAGCUUGAAGAGUUAUUUCCAGUAGUUUUCAGCUCUGGAAAGGCAGUUAGGGCUUCAGCUGUGGGUUUCUUUAUGAAAGAUCAGGAGCGCGUUGCAAAUAAUACAGCAUUAAAAUGCAGCAUGCCUAACAAAAGUGAGAAACUUGCGUUUAUAAAGAAAAUGUUGUAUUGCGACUCGGCCAGUUUAUCCCUUUGGAUAAGCAAUUGUUGAUCCAAGACUUUAUUGAUCCAAGGCUACUAUUUGUAUUUGCUGAAAGAUGUGUUUAGAUUUCCUUUCCCUUCCCCCCCCACUUCACUUGGUUAGUCUCCAAAUGUAGUAGAGCAAAAUGGAAGUGCUGAAGAUUGUUUUCAAAAAGUUUGUCCAAAAUAAGCAAAACACCACAUCUUUUCCUUAUCUUGCCCUUCAUGAAUACAAUUCUGCACUUGUUGGGGCCUUUUUUUUUCUUUUCUUUUUCUCUCCAGACUUCCAGAUAUUCUUUCUUCCUUGUCUAAGGCUUAUUAUGGCCAGUGACAUUUCCUCCGGUUGAGAGAUUCAUUUUCAAGAAACUCUGGGGCAGAUAGGUUUCCUUAAGCAUUUCACAUUGUAUGUUCACGUGCUAAGACCUACAAUGGGUCACAAGUAAACUUGGCGUUUCCUGGGAAAAUACUUGCAGUAGCUAAUUGAUAAAUGUUUGACAGACAUUGGAAUGUUGUCAGAGCCUUUCACUCCUUCAAAUUAUAUUUUGACCUGGGGCUGGAUGGGGGAAAAUGACCACUUUUAAUAUUACUCACGUAAUAAUGGAACAGAGAUGAAUAACAAUGCAGUCCUGGGAACUCUGUAUUUAGCUAAGCUGGGACUGUGUAGUUUUCAGCUUGUUUCUGCCAUUCCCCGACUCUGCCAAUUCAGUAACACAGGUCAGACUACCUGAUGGAGCUAUUGGCAUACUGAAACAGUUAAAUUGGCUGGGUUUAUUGAGUACCUGCAGCUUUAUAUUUUACAGGUUCCUCUCCUCCCCUCUUUGUCAUCCUCCUUAAGACAACUCUGUCAAAUUAGAACUUGGAAAUUAUUGCUGAUACAUACACAAUUGCCCUGUACUUUGCCAUAGGUCUUUGUGCAUAUAUUUACCUGUGAGUGCUAGCUUGUGUGACAAGUGGGAACAAAAAAAUGGAGCAUUUAGAAGAGAUGGGGGUGGCAGAAGGAUGUUUUGGAAGUGAAAAGCAUGGAUGAGAAUAACAAAUGGAAAGAGAAAAUGAAAAUGAGCAGGGGUGAAUAAAAGGGAAACAGUUUAAAUGUAAGCCAUGGGCAUUUUUUUUCUAGGUAAUACCCUGGACAGACUUUUCUGAUAACCCCAUUAACACGUUAUAUGUGAAAGGGUCCUUAUUUUCAUCAUGAACAUCUUUUAAGUCUUAUUUUAAAAAAAAAAAAAAUCAAACCACGUUCUUUCAGUUUGUGUGCAGAUUUGUCAAACCGUCAUAGUCAGGAGUUUUGAUAGCUUGUCUUCGGUUGUCUUUCACAAAUCUGGUAAUUUCUGCAAACAGUAUUGGGAGGAACAGGCUAAUUUAGGUUGAAGGACUGAAGGGGGGGGAAAAAAGUUAGGAUUGUUUUCUCCCAAAUAGAACUACAUAAUAAAAUGUGUGUGAACGUGUGCUGUGAAGAACUAACUGCGGCCCACUUACUAAAAGUUGCUCACUUUAACGUGCGUGUUGGCACCAGCCAGUAAUCGUAUGUUUUUCUCCUGGGCGUUUCUCUUCAGCUAGCCCUAGCUUGAGCAUUUUUGCAUCAACCCUCAAAAAUUCUCAAAUCUUUCAAAUUAGCUUGUGAGCUCCUAGAAUCAUACUGAGACCUAGGUGUAAUUAUCAGAGAAUCUCACCAAAAAGGAGUGGUAGACUAGUACCACUGAAUUUCAAGCUAGUACAGCCAAAUCUCCGCCAGAGCUAUAUACGAAUAGAAGUAUUCAAACAAACAAGGAGAGCUCAGCUAAACUACUAAGCAAGGCUGCUACUGUAUACGCAGGCAGUAUUGAAACCUGAUUGAAAUAUGAUACAGUAUUGAAACCACUCUUGAGUUGGAGGUUGGUCUGUUUACCUGGCUGUAUGGUGUGACUCACCACACUCAGUAGCUGGUAAUAAUAUUUAUUAGAACGCAGAUUCAUUUCCUACUGAAAUGCUGAGCAGGCACUCAGCUAUUUUUGUAGCAGACUGUAACAGAGCAUGGUGAGGAUCACUAUUGUUAUAUGAUGAGUUUUUGGCCUAAUUUACAUCAUCAGAAAUUUUGAUUUGAAUUCUUUAAUAUUCAGGGGGAGUCAAACUACCUGAAUUCCGGGCUUCACAGGGAGCUGUGAUAUUGAAGUCUAGUUAGGCAUUAAACUUAUUUAAAAAAAAAAAAAAAGUUAAAAAUGCUGAUUACUAGA